AUGGCCAAUCUCGACAUUAAGAUCAAGCUUUCAAACACGCUGGCCACUUUGUUGCUUAUCGGCUUUCAAGGGUUCAGCUAUUCAAAAUGGUUUCUCAACCAUGAAGCUGGUUUCCAUGGACGUGAUUUUAUCAUCAUCCUCGUUGGUAUACUCCAGCUAUUAUUGGUUGGUAUGACCAUAUUCCAAUGGUUUCCAAGUGCUCCCAAAGACUUUUUCGAGGCGGUUGGUUUCUGGUAUCUGUUGGUGGCAGUUUUGAAUAGUGGAGUAUCUCUUCUCUGGUUUUUCCAUCUCAACAUCUUUGCCUUUGUUGGUUUGCUAUGGCAGUUGGCCACUUUGGUGUUUAUCUACCAUCGUUUGCGAGACUAUCCACCACGCAAUGCAACCGAUAUGGCGUUCUUGAAUGCACCCUUCUCCAUUUAUACAGCUGCCACCUUCUUCAUCACUGUCUGGCAAGUGUUUCAGUUCAGCGAUGAGACCAAGAGUCAUCCCGUUGUGCACACGGUCAUCAUCCUUGCCAUCGGAUUUGUGGCACUGCAUCUCGUGGAUUAUUCAGACCGACACGAUUGGGUUUACGCUCUAACCACUGCAUGGAUUUUAUUGGAUGCCGCUGUGUUCUUGACACAAACUCCACACACCGUGUCUCUUGUGGUCGUUGGUAUCCUCGUCAGCGCUGUGGCUCGUACUUUAAUUCCCAACUGGCUUGAACGCAUCAAUCGUCGCUUUAGUCGAUGGACAAAUCGUGCCAGUGAGCGUGCUCCUUUGCUCGGUGGCCGUUAA